CUUUGACCAAUUAAAACCUUACUAGGUAAACUCCCAUCAAUGGCAGACAAGAAAUAACCUUAAGUAAGGUAGUAACCGCGAUGCAUGCAAUGCCACACAGUUUGGUGUCCGAUUUAAGGCACUAGCGUGUCGACGCCGGGCACAGAACACAAAUGGCUUUGUUCCAAGACAUCCAAAACGAACCUAAGAUCCAGAACUGGCUCAAAGGUUACCUCGCCCUUAGGAUCACCAAGGACGGUCUGCGAGGCCUUGUUGAAGGCGACUCCAAAAACGUCCAGAAAAAUAUUCACUUGUCAGUCAUCCAGGCCAGGAACCUCACUGCUGGAACAACAUGCGGCCUUUGUCUUACAGAGAAUCUCUUUCAGUGUCAUACAAGAGGACUGUGCUCACAUCCUCGAAACUGCAAGUACCACAACUCUCCAUUGAAGAUAAACCGGCCCUGCCCCUCACAGAUAUGCGAUGACUUUCGAGAUGAGAUAUGCGCUGUCCACAGAUAUGGUGGACCGUCCUGGAAGAAUACCAAAGCCAACCAUUGGUGUACGAACCAUUGGCAAGUAGCCAAAUGCUUUAUGCCACCUGACGGCUAUGACGAUGUGACGUCGUACGACGAGACAGACUUCAAUGGUAUCAUAAGCGUUAUGAUCAACUGUAUGGAGUUCCAACGGAGGUUUUCGUUCACUAUUGGCAUCCAACCCCCCAACACAUUAACCGAGGCUCGUGAGAUAGGCCGCAAAAUUCGCCAUUCCCCGGAUCUCAAGGUGACAGACACAGACCUAGCUGACUAUUUUGCCACUCUGAACACGCUUCUGACAGACUCUACAUUUCUAGCUAAUGACAAGGAUGCCCAGCAAGCUGUCAUUAAACUGAAACAGCUUGAAAAAGACUCCCUUUCAAUAUCGACGGAAGACGCUCGUGAACUACUAGAAGAAGCUAGAUCGACAAUAGAAGUUGGCAAGCGCGAUGUUGCAGAGUCUGCAGAAUCAUGGAAGCAAGAGCUAGAAGGCGUGGUUUUGCAAGGUAAAACUGACAUUGACUCUGGCAAAUGUGAGAUAGCGGAGUCUGUGAAAACAGGGAAACAAGACCUAGAAGUCGUGGUUUUGCAGAGUAAAACUGCCAUUGAAUCUGGCAAAUGUGAGGUAGCGGAGUUUGUGAAAACAGGGAAGCAAGAGCUAGAAAGCGUGGUUGCGCAGGGUAAAACUGCCAUUGAAUCUGGAAAAUGUGAGGUAGCGGAGUCUGUGAAAACAGGGAAGCAAGACCUAGAAGGCGUGGUUUUGCAGGGUAAAACUGCCAUUCAAUCUGGCAAAUGUGAGGUAGCAGAGUCUGUGAAAACAGGGAAACAAGAGAUAGAAGGCGUGGUGUCACAGGGUAAAUCUACUAUUGCCAGGCUGGUCACGGAGAGAGUGAAGGAAGAGUUGGAAGAGGCGUUGCAGGGGAAGAACAACGUUUCCUCCCUGUCAGAGGCAGAACAAAGAGAAGAUCUUCGUCAACGGUUGGUCAAGUACUAUCAGAAGCAGCUCAACAGCGCGCCCAUAUCGCCACUGCUGUCGCACAAGGACGAGAGGCUGGACAAGUUUUACGUCCCUCCGAAGAUUGUGGAGAAAGACCAUAAAAUACUUGGAGUCGAUCGACAACAAAACGGUUUUCCUAUUUCCUCUUACAAAACGAUUUUCUGUAUAGAUGAGGGAUUGGCCAAGAACGUUUUCGUUGUUGGUGAGGCUGGGAUGGGAAAGACAUCAUUUUCAGCUAUGUGUACCAUGAAGUGGGCUUCACAGUUCUCUGGUACCGAAUUUGAUUUUCAAGAUGAUGACUUUUUAAACGACAUAGAGUUUAUGUUCCACCUUAAACUGAGAUAUUGCUGUGAAACCUGCGAGCUGUCCGAAAUGAUCCGAGAUCAGCUGAUCAACAUGAUUUACAAGCCAGUUGAUGAAAGGACCGCUGGCUACGAUAUUGUGCUUCGUGUUUUGACAGACCAAAAGUGUGUGAUCAUAGCCGAUGGACUGGACGAAUGGUCACACCCUGAAACAAAUUGUUCAUGUUCGGUAGAAAACAAAGCUAUCCCUCAUUUAUUGCCAACCUUAGAUGCCACUGUGUUGAUAACAUCCAGACCCUGGCGAAUGUCCAGGAAUCGCGUGAAAGACACUCAAAUAGGCAAAUACUUUGAAAUACAGGGAGUAGCUAGCACACAGCUAUUGGUUCAGAAAGUGUUGGUUUGCCUAAAUGAAAGAGUAAAAGAAAAGAUGAAAUAUCCGGAUUUCUUUCUCUUUGUUUCAAGAAAAAAAUUAGUGCAUCUACUCUCUGUACCUAUCAUUGUUAUGUUGCUAGUUUGUCUGUGGUUUGAGGGAGAACCUGAAUCAUUUUCUAUGUGUUACAUAUACGCAUACAUGAUGGACAUGAUGUUUGGGAAUAAAGCGCUUCCUAUACUUCGUGGUUCGUUCGAAAGCUCUCCUUUGCUACGAUGUUUCGAGCACACUAAACAUGUACAAAAGUACUACAAAAUCGUCUUAAAGCUGGCUCAACUUGCAUUUGAGAAAUUAUUUUUGAGUGAACGAAAAUCAUCCCUGGUGUUUCAAAAUGUUGACUGUUUGACACCAGAUGAGCUCCUGUUCGUUUUGAAAUCGGGUUGCAUGCGAGAAACAAAGACUCCAUCUUUGAUAAGAGAGCUAUCUAGUUUCUCAUUCAUCCACAAAACAGUUCAGGAAUUCCUUGCUGCAGUUCACAUUGCCAGCCAUACCGAAGAGAUUCAACGAGUAAUGAAGCCAUAUUAUAAAGUAGCGCAGCAGAUUUUAACUUCAGAUAACAUCAACUGGGAGAACUUUUCAAUGACAACACAUGACGUCUCGAAGGUCUUUAUAUAUAUGUGCGGUCUGAACAGUGAAGUUGCACACGAUAUGUCUGCCAUGAUGUCACAUGGUAUAUUGGAUCACCCGAACUGGGGUUUUCAUUUGGUUACGCACGAUGUGAAUCUGGCAGUACAAGAAACAAUUUAUUCUGGUUAUAGAGAGGCCAAAGCCAACAAUGUACAGAAUAUUGAACUACUUCUACUUAGCUUUAAUAUUGAUUAUUCAACUAGAGAUGUUGCAACCUUAAAGAGCUUGCUAUCGAUGAACAAGUCUCAGAUUCGACAUAUACAAAUCACGGGACAAGAGAAUAUCAGCGAGGAGGAACUCCAGGAGGUGUUCACCAACUCAACUGACGCUUUAACCAUUGAAAUACGGCAACGUGCUGGACAAUAUGACCUUUCUGCUUGCAGCCGUCUCCAACAUUUGGUUAUUGAUGGGUCUGAAAUGUCGACUAUCCAGAUCAAUACGAAGAGUUUAGAGUCAUUGGCUAUAUAUGAUGUUUCGGAGAAAGUUGAAAGUAGUAUUUUACAGUCAUUAAAACAGAAUUGUGAAAAAUUGACAAGGUUCGACGUAUGCAAUCUUACAAACACAAGCUUAUUUUGUCAGACACUUAUCCAGCUGAAUCAUUUAGAAGAGUUGUCUAUGGAGAAAAUAACCCUCAGUGAUAACCCACUACUCCUCCCGCCCUCUGUCACAAUUGUUAUCUUAACUCGAGUGACAGUGUCCGCGCAGUCCUUGAGGGCGAUGCUGGAGAGGGUGGUCAACUGCUCUCAAACGGUGAGGUGUUGGCUUAGCAUGUGCAAUGUGGAACCAAUCACAGAUUUCGAAGACAUUAAAAAGACGACUAAAAUAUUUUCGUAUUGUUGAUUAUAAAAGUUGAAGGAAACCGGUUUUUGUCUGUGUUAGAUCGAAAAAUAUAUCACCAAGUGAAAACCAAAAGCUAUAUUUUAUUGACGCAGCUAGUGAAUAUGUGUACGUUUUUAUUGUAUACAUUAAAGCUGAACUCUCACCGAUUGAACGUUUUGACAACUAGUUUUGAUUUUUGUCUUGCAACGAACAUUUUUUGGCGAAAAUCCCUGGAAACCAGUUAUAUAAGAUUGCUGACAAAAAUCAGAUCGCAGAUUUUAUAUAUAAGUUCAAAAAUUAAUGUUUUAUGCAUUUUUCUUAAACCGUUAGUAACGGUUUAUGCCAUAAAACAUUAAUUUUCAAACGGAAAUAUGAAAAUAUACGAUCUAAUUAUUUGUCAGCAAUCAUAUAUCAUUGGUUUGCAGACAUGUACGCAAAAAAAUGCUAUUUCCAAGACAAAAAAUAAAAAAAUGUUGUAAAAUGGUUUAUCUGUGAGAGUGCAGCUUUAAACUAAUUCAAAAGUAUGCUAAGUUUUAUUUAAUAGCAAAAGCGCGCUAAAUUCUUGAUGAUGACAAGCCAUUCCGGAAUUUACGUUAAUCCAAUUGUGUCCAAGAUUUGUGGGGUCUAAUCUAGCAGAAUGGGGCACAGUUAAAACACAAUGACUGUAUCAAAAACAGUGAAUCAAUUAAUAUCACUAAUGAAAAUAAAUACAUUUUCGGAAAGCCUAAAAGAAUCAGCCUUUCUUUAAUACUGUGUGACGCUGUUUAAAUAUAUAUGAUUACAUAAACUAUGAAACCUUUAACCUGAUGAUUUUAAUAUUCAAAGUGUCACAUACUGUUAAAUCAAAUGUCAUUUUACUAAAUAUCUCCUGUAUCGUUUAAUUUUUUCAAGGACAUUUUAAAAAAGAUAAGUUACUUGUUUUAAUUACCGAAAUGGUGUUUACUGAACACUUAAAUAUCAUAUAUUUUUAAACAAUAUUGUAUUUAAACCUGGUCUUUUUUGCAACAGGUAUUCAUUUUCAAUAAAAAUGUAAUACUGAUUUGGAAUGCUUAGUAAAUAUUAAUUAACA